AGCUGGCUGUUGAUGAGCAACCCCAGGUCCUUUUCCAUCGAGCAGCUUUCCAGCCACUCUUCCCAAAGCCUGUAGUGGUGCAUGGGGUUGUUGUGACCCAAGGGUGGGACUCAGCACUUUGCCGUAUUGAACUUCACACCAUUGGCCUCGACCCAUUGAUCCAGCCUGUCCAGAUCCCACCCUCCAGCAGAUUGACAGUCCCACUCAACUGUGAAAUUACUGAGGGUGCAUUCGAUCCCCUCAUCCAGAUUGUCUUCCACCUAAUUUUUUCCCUUGAGAUGAUAAUCAUCUUUCCACAUUGAUGUUCUUCCUCUUGAGCUUCUUGCCUGGCCCAAUCUCAGCAUCCUUUAUCUCCAAUUUUAUCUCUCUUAUAUUUCAUGGCUCGACUCUGUGGACUUCUUCAUAGAGCUUUCUCUCAAUUUAAUGAUUUCCUAAAAAAUCUGAGCAAAGGUUAUGCAAUUGUGCCAUAGCAGAACCAGGCUGACAGCAGAGACAGUAGGAAAGAAGGGGAGAUUAUAUUGUCACACUCACUUUUGAAGCAUCUACAUAGUCUGUAUGUUGGCAUUUCAACAUCCUGGAAGGUCCGGUUAGUAAAAUGGGGAAUGUGUGUUGUGUUUUAUUUUAAUCAUUUAUUUCAACAGUUUUGUAUUAUUGUGUGAGCAUAUCAGCUGCAAGUCUCCCACAAGUAAGUUUCUCUGUAAUAAUUUUCCACGUUUUUUUCAAGCUUAAAUAAAGGAUGAGUAGACAGCUUUCUGGAGGACAGAAUUUCAGUUGGUAAUGACUUUUUUUUUUUCCCCCAGCAGCAGCUUUUAGAUGUUAGCAAUGACAUUCACCUAUUUGGAAUAUAAUCUGCUAAAAAUGUAGCCAUGAGUUAUAUGUUGCUGGGAAAAAUAUGACCAGUGGAGAAAAAAUCCAAAAGAGACUGAAAAUUGCCAUAAAACAACAGCUAAGAAAGCUUUAAAUGAGGAACUUCUGAGGAGCAUUCAAGAGUCUGAGAGGGAGAUUAAUCAGUGGAGCCAUAGUCUGCCAUCUGUGACACAUGGAAGCCAAGUUGGCAUGGCCACUACGGAGAAGUGGCAGCUGCAGAGCAUGGGACCAGACCUCACUGCAGAGCCUGCAGCCACAAGGGUUGAUUUAAGGUUCUCCAGGAAAGCAGAAAUCAGAAAUAAGUAGAAGACUGCAGCCCUUGUUUGGGAAAGGAGCAGUGCUUAAUGACUGGCUGGUCAAAAGGUUGAGAAGAGAUUCUUCUUUUGCUAUUUGACUGUCAAGUUAAAACAAUGGCUUCAGAAAUGUUUGAGGUUUUGUGCCUUUUUGUGGAAGAAGUGACUGUGUAAAUGGAACUAAUGGUACUGAAGCUCAAUGAAUCCUUCAGAGGAAUUAUGUCUUCUGCAGCACUGGUUCCACUAUCCUUCAGCUACUUUUAAGUUUUUAGGAAUGGAGAAGCUGAUGGUUUGUGUGCACAAAAGGCAAAAUGCUCUCUGUAGGCUGAUUUGCUUUCCGUGGGCUGGAGGUGGAACUUCUCUUCUUGCUCAGUGGGGCAAACGGUUAAGCAACUCAAUUGAAGUGUUCUGUGUAAGGUAUCCUGGAAGAGAAACUCGUCUUAAUGAGCCUUUUGCAAAAGACAUGACAAGCAUGGUUAAUGAAGUUACAAGUGUUUUGUUAAAAGACCUUCAAGAAAAACCAUUUGCAUUUUUUGGUCACAGUUUUGGAGCUUACCUGAGUUUUGCAGUGGCACUACAUUUGAAAGAAAAGUAUGGACUAGAGCCUGUCCAUCUUUUCGUGUCAGGGGCACAUGCCCCAAAUUCUGAAGCAAUUCUUCCAUUCAAAAGCAUUUCUGUAUCUGAUGCAAAAGAUGAAGAAGUUAUUGAAUAUCUACAAACUGUAGGAGGAACUCCUUCUGUGCUUCUGCAUAACGAAGACGUUAGGAAAAAUUUGCUGCUUACUUUUAAAGAAGACUUUAGAGUGUUACAGACAUUUUCUUUUGAGAAGGCAGAAAUGGAUAUCCCCUUCUCUUGUGAUAUUACCUGCUUUAAUGGGGGUGAUGAUAAACCAUAUGAUUUACAAGGUUGGCAAGAACUAACAAGUGGAGAUACAUCCUUUUAUGAGCUUCCUGGAGGUCACUUUUAUCUGCUAGAACCCUCUAAUGAAAUUUUCUUGACAAAACACAUAACAAGAUGCAUAGAAAAUGCCGGUCUAUGACUAUUUCCCAUAAUUUUAAUAGCAGAAGGUGUAAUAUUAGUCCACAGCACUUCAUAAGUCAUUAUUUCUGCAUGCAGUUAUGCCUGAAUUGUUCUGUUUGUCCUCUGUAAUCCUUUAAAAGGGGGAGUUUCCUGGGUUUUUCUGAAAAUAAACAUUGGCUUUGUCUUAAAAAAACAGGUUUCAUCUUUUCCCUCUUCUCAUCUUGCAUGUGCACAAACUCUUCACUUCAUUCCAUAACCUCAUUUGAAAAAAAUGACAGCUAUGUUAUUUUACUUCUAGAGCUUCUGUUUGCCUGCUUCUGUAAAAAUGCUAAAUAUAAUUUAAUACCCACAAAAAUCCACAAUUCUUACAGAAAGCUUAAUUUAUUAGGUUCAAAUUUAUUUAGAAUAAGAUACAAUCUAAAAAUAGAUUAUGUAUAU